AUGGCCGGCGAACACGAGCAAUACGCCAAUCCCCUGCUCCUCGACUGGGUCAAGGAGUGGCUGGACACUGCGAGGGAACGAGGCAUGAAAAGUGUAACGACAUACAGAAAUGCGUACGAAUCACUCAAAGCAUGCCCCAUUACCUUCAAGCACCCUCGUCAGUUAGUCCAACUGAAGGGCUUCGGAGACAAACUUUCUUCCCGCCUCACGGACAAGCUGAAAGAACACUGCGAGACCAACGGCCUGCCUAUGCCUAAGAAUCCCAGGUUGUCCAAAGAAGACCGCGCAUCUCUCGGAGGAGCUGAUGACGACGAUGAGCCCGCUCCUCCUCCCAAGAAGGCACGAAAAGCAAAGCCGUACGUUCCGACGUACCGAUCCGGUCCUUACGCUCUUAUCUUGGCCCUCGCCACUCUCGAUGAAGAGACAUCUCUCGGAAUGACCAAACCAAAACUCAUUGAGCUUGCGCAAGAGAACUGCGACUCGUCCUUCACGGCGCCGAGCGAUCCCACCAAGUUUUAUACGGCGUGGAAUUCAAUGAAAACGCUGGUUGAUAAAGAUCUUGUAUGCGAGAAGGGACGCCCUCAGAGACGAUACUCUCUUACCGACGAUGGCUGGGAGGUCGCAAAGCGUAUCAAAAAGACGACUGAGCCAAGUGGUGAAGCCGAUGACGUCGUAGCAGGACCAAGCUCCCGAGCAGAGCAUGCAAGGCCGGAUCCGGUCGAUAGAGAAGCAUCUCUUUCCGUUGAACCGGUGGAGCAGCCAAAACCCACUUCGGUCUACGAAAGUGUCGUUGCAAAUGGCCCAGAGGUCUCGGAUAAUUCCUCGCUUCCAAAAUUCACACCGAUCCGCUUGCCGCCAGGAUCUUUCACAGUGCAUCUCGCUCUAGACAACCGCGAAGUCCGAGCACUGAAGGACAGAGACUACAUACAAGACGAAUUGACGAAGAAGGGCGUGAAGCCAAUAGUGCGAGCAUUGGAGAUCGGAGACGCCCAAUGGAUUGCCAAAUGCAACGACCCGGCCGCUCUAUCUCGCCAUGGCGGAGAAGGAGACGAAGUCGUACUCGAUUGGAUUGUUGAGCGCAAACGACUUGAUGACUUGGUCGGCAGUGUCAAAGACGGCCGAUUCCACGAGCAGAAAUUCCGCCUUCGAAAGUCAGGUGUCAAGAACGUCAUCUACAUUGUUGAAGAGAUCUCCAUGGACUCGGGUUAUUUUCAGAAGGUGGAGGAGAUGGUCCAGUCGUCUAUCGCGUCGACCCAAGUGGUUAAUGGCUACUUUCUUAAGAAGACACAAAAGGUGGACGACACGAUCCGGUACCUGGCUAGGAUGACUUUCAUGCUGAAGAAGAUGUACGAGCGCAAGGCAUUGUUGGUGAUCCCGACUACGGUCUUGACGGCACAAAACUACCUGCCACUCCUGAAGCAUCUCAGAGAGAAGGAACCUUCGUCGGGCUACUACAUCACAUACCCAGCCUUUGCGUCGCUGGCAUCCAAGUCAGACAUGAUGACUUUACGAGAUAUUUAUCUGAAGAUGCUCAUGACAACAAGAGGCAUCACAGGAGAGAAGGCAUUGGAGAUACAGAAACGAUGGAAAACGCCUCAUGAUUUCAUCAAGGCGUUCGAAGAGUGUGGCUCGGGCGAGCAGGGAACCAAGAGGAAACGCGAGAUGGUCAUAAGUGGACUGCCCAACCUCGUUGGUCGAAAGAAGAUCCCCAAAGCCGUCAGCCAGCGACUAGCGGAAGUUUGGGGCGACGCAUGA